AUGGAGAUCGAGCGGGAUGGAGAGACGGGCAGUGUGGCAAUUGGCCACAAGCAGUAUAUCGACGGGCUGUUACGAGAUUAUGGCAUGGAAGACUGUAAGCCGAAUGCAACGCCUUUGGAGGUUGGUUAUCAGAACCUAUGUGUUUUGGAAGACUGUCCACGAGCCAACCAGAAGCAGUAUCAAUCGCUUAUUGGAUCACUGCUGUACUUAGCAAUGACUACGAGGCCGGACAUUGUUCAUUGUGUGGCAAAGUUGGCUCAGAAGUGCAGUGACCCCCAUAAGGAACAUGAGGUGGCCGCUAAACGCGUCCUUCGUUACCUAAGAGGAACUUCGAGCUUGAAGCUGCACUUUGAUCGAACUAGUGUGCCUGUUCACUGCUUUGUGGAUGCAGACUGGGCAGGUGACUGUUCUGACCGCAAAUCGUUCAGUGGUUGGGCGUUUUUUUUGGCUGGAGCAGCGUUUUCGUGGGAGUCGAAGAAGCAGAGCAUCAUAGCACUCAGUAGCACGGAGGCUGAGUAUGUGGCGCUUUCAACAGCAGCUAAGGAGGCAGCUUACGUGCUGAAGCUGAUAUCUGAGAUGGGUUUCGAGACGGCGCCAACAUUGAUGAUCUACAGUGACAACCAAAACGCCCAAUGUUUAGCGAAGAAUGCGAGUUUUCAUGCUAGGAGUAAACAUAGAGAUAUCAAAUGUUCUAACUAA